AUGAGUUUAUUCCCAAGAAAUCACACAAGCAAAUUUCUUUGUGUUGAUAAACUUAACGACCAAUAUAUAAUUACCGGUGGUUUAGACCAAGUGAUUGUGUAUAACAUUGAAGACUCAAAUGAUUUCCAUGAGUAUGAAUUAGAAGGUCAUAUAAUAACUGACUUUUGUGUUGAUAGACGUGAGGAAAUGAUCAUCGUGUUCAUGGCAUCAUCUACAUCUUUUUUACCAGUGAUGACUAUAAUUGACAAUAAAAUUAAUGAGGCAAAAUUCAAUUAUUUAGCCUUUUAUGAUUCAGUUGCCAUUGAAAUGUAUAAAGGGAAUUUCUUUAUUGCUACCAGAUAUGCUGAUGAAAGAACACAAUCUAUCAAUACAUCACAUAAUCAGAUUGCUAUGAUUUACUUGGAUACCGAUCCAGAAAAUUACAAAGUGGUGAAACAAGUCAAUAUCAUAGAUCAUAAAAAUAAAGCAUGGAUAACUAAUAUGAAAUUUAUUAAAAAAUCUGAAACUUUAUUAGUAUCCACAACAUCACCGAAUAUAACUUUAUAUUCAAGAAUCCUUGAACGCAUAGGUAUCAUUGAUAAUAAUCAUUUGGAAUUUAAAGAAAUCGGGCUUGAAAGUAAAUUUGAACAAUUUCCAAGAAUCAUAACUGAAGAUGAAAUAAAUCAAAGGACAAUGAUCGCAAAUGAAACACUUGGAAGUAUCAGCAUUUUCAGUAAUAAGAAGACAUCAUUUCAGUAUUUGAGAUCGCUACACAUCAACAAAUUUGCUAUUAACAGUAUCAUUAAGAAUGGUGUAAUUGCAGAUUGCUACAUUAGUGACAUGAUUUGUUGGGAAGAUCUUAUAUUAAUUGGUAUUGAUGAUGGUACAAUUUCAAUUUGGUGUACUAAAUGCUCCAUCAAAUUUGCUGAAGUAAAAUUCCAAAGGCAAGAACUACUUAUUGGCAAAGAGAUACACAAUGUUCGAAUGGUUGUUGUUAAGUCUAAAUGUAUUGCAGUUAAUAGGUAUGGAGAAAUAUUAUCAUUUGAUUUAAGUUUGUUAAACCAUGAUCAUAGAGUAUAA